AGCGACCAGUCUGUGAAUGACUGAAACGUUCUGUGUGCUUUUUCCUCCUGUCAAACAGGACUUUCAACGUGUCGUGGACCAAUUGAAGCCAUGCCAACGGGAGGUGGUGCAUGCCAAAAUAAAUGGUGUUGAGUACAGGAGCAAAGAGGCCACUCUCCAUGCUGCCAAGCAAUCUACCGAGGAGUCUUUCGCAUGUAUCAAGAAAAUUCUCGCAGCUCAGAAGAACAAUCACGACUUAAGAUUGGUGUUGCUGCGGCUACAGCGAGACCAUCAACUUGAGCUCACACAACUCAAGAAAAAGCUCAAGUUCCCGGAGAGAGAGAGGAAGAUGAUGCUGGUGAAGGCCGAAAUAAAAGAGGCGGGAAAAAUGGAAGAAGUGGCCGCAAAGUAUAAGACUCUGCAUGAUGAAAGACAGGAAUUGAGGAUAAUCCUUGAACAUGAGCUCAUCACUGCAGAAAUGAUGGGUGGGCGAUCCACGCACCUGGUAUUGUUUCGGCGUCGAUCCCGGCGCGCCCCGCCUCGCCGCCGGCCACGCCUCCUCCUGCCUUGCUGUCGGUCUGCCGGCCACGCCUCCCCACAGUCAUACUUUGAGGUUUUUAAACGACUGAUAAAGUUCGAAGAGGUCCUUGAUGGUUAUCAAAAGAACGAAGAGACGCUGAAAGCUCGUGCUCAGGAUUAUUUGGAGAGAGCCAAAAAGGAAGUACAGCGUUACCACACCCUCAAAGCUAAUGCUGACGAGAAAAUCAACCAACGUUGCCCCUGACAACCAAAGUGCCCAAUCGGACGGCACCUGAAAUCAGACGUACCUGUGGAGCAUUAGGACUGCACACAUUUAAAAGGGAAGGAUCGACAGGCUUCAACGGAGAGAGCGACCGAGAGAGAGCGACAGGAGAGCGACCGGAGAGUAUCGACAGGCUUUGCCAAGAGUGUCCGGGUGGACGCCCGCAGGCUGGGAAGGACUCCAGGACUACACUGCAGACCCCGCAGGCUACCGGAGUGAACCCCAAGAAGCCCACAACACGCAGGGGCAGAGAAAACUCUGCCUCUGAAGUACCGGAGCGGUCGGGACCCAAAGACCCGCAGUGACUCCCGGGAGCGACCAAGAGGCGGAGCGAGACGGACAAGUACGGCCACGUAGGUCCCACCGGAGACUGGUGAGGAGAGUGGGCGUACCCCAUACUUCUACGCAGAACUACAGCAGAGGCAGGGGAAACCCUGCCUUGCGUGAGGACGCCGUGGAAGUGGGUGGAGCCAGGACACUGACCCACUACGCCUGUCGUGACUGUACCCUAAUUUGAAUUAUAAUCAAUUGUGAACAAGCAUAAUUAUCUUUCCUUAUUUUGGACGGCUGCUCUCACUACAUUGGGUUCUUAAUAUUUAUAUUGCUAAAUAUAUGCUAAAAACUAUAUUAUAUUGCUAAUAUAUUUGAAAAACUACAAACCCCGUUUCCAUAUGAGUUGGGAAAUUGUGUUAGAUGUAAAUAUAAACGGAAUACAAUGAUUUGCAAAUCCUUUUCAACCCAUAUUCAAUUGAAUGCACUACAAAGACAAGAUAUUUGAUGUUCAAUCUCAUAAACUCAAAUAAUAAUUAACUUAGAAUUUCAUGCCUGCAACACGUGCCAAAGUAGUUGGGAAAGGGCAUGUUCACCACUGUGUUACUGUCAAGUCUGUGUGAUCCUGUUUUGUUUUAGUCAUUUUUGUUUUGUUUAGUUAUUGGACUCUUUAGUUUCUGUUUACGCUCCAUUGUUUUUGUUUCCAUGACCCAUUAGUUUUCACCUGUCCUCAUGUCACGCACCUGUCUCACGCUUUGCACUGGCGCACCUGUCACUAAUCAUGUCACUGCUAUUUAAGCCUGUCUGUUUCUGUUGAUCGUCCUGGUGACAUUAUCCAUACUACCUCUGCUACCCAUGAUAUUCCUGUUUAUUAUAGUUCAUGCCGUGCCACAGUAAGCGUUUUUGUUUCAUGUUCAUAGUUAAUUGCCUUUGUGCUAGUCUUUUGGUUUCAUUAGUCAAGUUUGUUCUCCGCCAUUGUGCGCGCCUUUUGUUUGCUUCCUUUUUUGUAGUUUGUUAGUGUUUAAAUAAAU